UUUAGGCUAUAUAUAUUUCUUAAAUAGGUUAAAGUCAUAGAGAUUUUUUUGGAAUAGCACUUCGCCCUGGAGCGGUGCGCAAUGCUAUCUCAUGCCGACCUCCUGGAUGCUCGCCUCGCCCAAAUGUUUACUGUACCAAUCUCACCAGCUGUGGUUGUCUAUGCAGGGAUGAAGGAUGCCGCCGCGGAGCUGCUGGGCCACAGGGAGGCUCUGAAGUGCAGGCUCGGCGGAGGAGGGGGACCUGACCCGGGACACUCGGGGGAGCUCGGCCCUGGCCCGGAAGGCGUGGAAGGGUCCACAAUGCUCCCCGGUGAUGAUAUCAGCAGCGGCGGGGGAUCCAACACGGUGCAGGUCAACAGCAAAGAGCAAGACAAACAGCAGCAGAACAACAACAACUCCAGCCAGUCCGGAGGCGGACAGAGCCAGAGUCAGAGCCAAAGCCAGAGCCAGAAACAGAAGCGGCACCGGACCCGCUUCACCCCGGCGCAGCUCAACGAGCUGGAGAGGAGCUUCGCCAAAACGCACUACCCGGACAUCUUCAUGCGGGAGGAGCUGGCUCUGAGGAUCGGCCUGACGGAGUCCAGAGUGCAGGUCUGGUUUCAGAAUCGACGUGCCAAGUGGAAGAAGCGCAAGAAGACCACCAACGUGUUCCGUUCUCCGGGGACUCUGCUGCCGACGCACCACGGCCUGUCCCAGUUCAACGCAGCAGCAGUGGCGAUGGGCGACAGUCUCUGCUCCUUCCACGCCAACGACGGCCGCUGGGCCACCGCGGGGAUGCCCGUGUCUCAGCUGCAGCUCCCCCCGUCUCUGGGCCGCCAGCAGGCCAUGGCGCAGUCCCUGUCUCAGUGUAGCCUCGGUGCAGGGCCGCCACCCAACUCCAUGGGUCUGUCCCAAAUGUCAAAUAGCAACCUUCAAUCACACCUCUACCAGCCAUCUUUCCCCGGGAUGGUACCCGCGUCCAUGUCGGGCCCGUCCAACAUGAGCCACUCGCCUCAGCUGUGCACGUCCCCGGACAGUGAGGUCUGGAGAGGGACAAGCAUCGCGUCGCUGCGCCGCAAAGCACUGGAGCACACAGUAUCCAUGAGCUUCACUUAGAAGAGACGAGAGCUUUUUCUUUUACUCACAGAGAUCUUCUGCAUUUAGUUCUUAUUUAUACAAUCCACGAUGCUCCGGGAGAAAUACAACCAGGAUUCUUGUUCAAAUACAAAAUCGCUGAACACAUCUGGCUUUUCUUCCCUCCAAAAUCCAAAUAACAGGAAGCUAUUUAUCCGGCCUAUUGAUCUUUAUCAAGCAUAUGACUGGUUCUAUUUAUUAUUUCGCAUGUAGCCUAUGACAACUAUUUAUUUGUCUAUUUAAAUUAACUUAUUUGCUCUGUAUUUAUUUAUUUGGCACAUGCAGGCCUUCAGGGGCUUUUAUUGACAUUUGCUUUGUGACUGACUUUUGAAGACACCUUCUGUGGAUACUUUUAAAUACAGAACCAAUAUACAGAUCCCUUUUUCCCACCUGCUGCACAGCAUGCACAUCUGAGGGGCCAAAGGGAGGCACAGUGGACUGCAGGAACAAGUCACCAUGGAGGUUUUUACAUGAGAGAUUCACCUGAAGAAGGAAGAGCGAUUUGACAGGAAUCAGGACAUCAUGGAAGAGGACUUGACUGCAUGUCCAAGGCAAAAAAAAAAAGGGACAAAUCUAUAAAUUAAGACAUGGAAACUGACUUAACUAUAAUCUGUUAUAUAGGAUGUUUUGUGUAGCGGAAGCACUCUUGUUCCCAUUUGGUCAGUUUGUGAUAACUUAUGUUUCCAAAAUUAUGUCUGUGCUUAUUAUCAAAUUCUGACUUUCUUAAAUGUUUAAAACCAUUUUGUUUCAUGGACAUGUUUAUAUCAAUUAAGUGUAAAUGAUCAAAUAAAAAUCAU